UAUUAUUAUUGUUUGUAACCCUUUAUAAAAAUUCAUUUGCUUUACAAAAAAAUGGAGAUAAAAUAAUAAUGCAGCCAGUAGAAUUAAUUGAUCUGGUGAUACAGGAACAGAUGAGAAGCGAUAGGCCUGCAAUUCGUCGUCGUUAUAAAGAAAACGCCAAGACCGGUGUUGAUGAUCUCACUAAAAUUGAAGUACAAACAGAAGAUAUCAGCGGUGAUGAGGAACGAUUACGUGCUCGUAAGGUAUGGAGCCGGUGGGGUAAGUGGAGCGACUGUUCUGCGACGUGUGGUGGCGGAAUGAUAGUGCGGCGCAGGCUCUGCGUGGCUGGGCGCUGCGCUCCAGGUGAACUGGAAGAGCAGCGGAGACCCUGUGCCGAGUCGCCAUGCACCACAACUUCCUUUGAACUCGGACCCGAAGACAUGCGCGAAGUCGAAUAAAUCCACUAACUUAAUUUACCUUGUAAAAGUCAUUGCGUACUUCUGAUGACUCGUAUCAACUAAUUGUGAACAAAUUUUCAUAAAUUCUGUUGACUUGUAAUAAUUAAAUUAUAAGAAAUAAU